UCUAGUUUUACUGCGCAUGUCUGAACAUCCCGACAUAUCACAUGUGAGCACGUGCUGUCGUCGUGUGGUAGCAUUGCUAAAUGUGAGGUUAUGUGGCACAGGGUUAUCAACUCUUGUUAUUAAUAAAGCGAUAGCGUUUUCUUCUUGAUACAAAAAUAAGAAAACAACGUUAAAAUGUCAUCGUGGAAGAAAGCGACGAAGACGAACCAGAAAACCCAUCGGGAACGUCACCAGCCAGAGGCCCGUAAACAUUUAGGACUGCUGGAGAAAAAGAAAGAUUACAUCGCCAGAGCCAGAGACUUUCAGGAGAAACGGGCGACUAUCAAGCUUCUGAGGAAACGCGCACUGAACAAGAAUCCGGAUGAGUUUCACUUUCAUAUGAUCAAUUCCAAGGUGAUGGAUGGAGUUCAUCGGGAGAAAGACAAGGAGGAUAAGCACACACCCGAACAGAUCAAAUUGCUGGAAACGCGGGAUCUCAAAUACGUGGCGUUCAAGAGGAAUAUUGAAGCAAGAAAGGUAGACAAGCUGCAAAGUCAGUUGCAUAUGAUUGACACAGUUAACGAGACACCAAAUCAGCACAUCUUUUUCCUAAACGAUGACACCGAGAUAAAGAAUUUUAAUCCUGCUGAGAGACUGGGCACACACCCGGCACUUCUCUCCAGACGUACCAAUCGACCGACAUUGAAUGCGAUUAAGAGCAUGAAGUUGCCAGAGUUAGAUGACAAAACUAUCACUAAAUUUGAACAGAAGAAACACAUGGCUUAUAAAGAACUCGAGAAGAGAGUCGAUAGAGAACGCGAACUCACGAUCGUGCAGCAGAAGCUGGAAAUACGUAGAGCACUAAAAGACAAGAAGACCAGGAAACCGAAACUGGUGAAACCUGGUUCGAAAGAUACUGCUCCAAUUUAUAAGUGGAAGUUUGAGAGAAAACGAUAGUUUAUUUAUAUAUUAUAGAAUUCUUAAUAAUUAGAAUUAAUAAUAUUAUUAAUUUUAUUUAUGAAUAUGGAGUAAAGAUUUAUAUUUCGAUAUAA